AUGAGCAAGCGGGCAAAUACAGGAAAGGCGCGGGGGAGGCCAAAAGGCAAAGAAACUGAUGUGGCAGUGCUACGAGAGGACGGCACGUUUGAGCACAAGUCCAGAAGGGACAUUCUAGAGGACCCCAGAUUAUUUCAGGAGAGGGAAGGUGCUGCAGAAACUACCAAUGGCAAUGCUGUACCAGAAGAUCCUGUCAGGCAGGGCGGCGCUGUUGAGAACAGUGAUCAGGGAGCUGGGUUUGCCGCGGGAUCAGAAGCGGACCUGGAAGAAGGCCUCCCUGAAGUUAGCUUCUGCAUGCCGGAGUUUGACAGGAAGAAAGGAACUUUGAAUCAUCAAGCGUAUGCAAUGCCAGGGCUGUGUCAGAUCGCUGUGUUAGGCGGAGGAGUGGGCAUUGCACACUGGUGCAGCUGCUGCCCUGAGAUGGAGCUUCAGAAAUCAAUAUUCAGCGGAGUGCGCCACCCGCCGUUGUCUCCACAGUACCUCUGUGGCCAGGCAGACAAGUGCAUCCAUCUGGAGGUUCUGAUCAUGCUGGCGGCAUCGCUCCGGCUAGAUGCUGAGGGGCUUUGCGGGCUGCCUCGGGUGGGAGCGUCGGGUGGGGAAGAUGAUGCUGAAGGCGAUGGCGUCUACCUGCUGCCGUUCGUUGGGGAGGCGCCCAAGGCCUGGGUGCUUGGCACUUCAGCCACGGAGUGCAUAGUGGUCAUCGAAACGAAGACUGGGGGGCGGCGCUGCACGAGUUGUUACGGGAAGGGGUAG